AUGGCCGUGAGCGCGGCGGUCGCCCCCGCCGCCGAGCCGCUGCCCCGCAGCAUCUUCAAGAAGUUCCUGGUGAUGCUCUGCUCCCUCCUCAUGUCCCUCUACGUCUUCUACUGCCUGGCCGACCGCUGCCAGACGUUGCCCGGACCCAUCAUCGCCGCCGGCGCCGCAUCCGAGGAGGACGAGGGCGGCGGGGGCGAGUUCCUGGGCGGCUCGGCCGAGCUGCCCCCCUGGCAGGCAGCGGCGGCGCGGCGCAAGCGGCUCCUGCAGCGGCUCAAGCAGCGGCGGCGGCGGCAGGAGGAGGCGCCGGCCGGGGGCGGCGGGAGCCGGGCGGGCGGCUCGGGCGGCGGGGGCGGCGCGGCGGGCACGGCCGGCACCCUGGCUCUGCUGCUGGGCGAGGGCAGCAAGCGGCUGCCCCAGGCCAUCAUCAUCGGCGUGAAGAAGGGGGGCACGCGGGCGCUGCUGGAGUUCCUGCGGGUGCACCCGGACGUGCGCGCCGUGGGCGCCGAGCCCCACUUCUUCGACCGCAACUACGAGCGGGGACUCGCCUGGUACAGGGACCUGAUGCCCAGGACACUGGAGGGGCAGAUCACCAUGGAGAAGACCCCCAGCUACUUCGUCACCAAGGAGGCCCCAGCCCGCAUCUCCUCCAUGUCCAAGGGCACCAAGCUCAUCGUGGUGGUGCGGGACCCCGUGACCAGAGCCAUCUCGGACUACACCCAGACGCUCUCCAAGAAGCCUGACAUCCCCACCUUUGAGAGCCUGACCUUCAAAAACAGGACUACAGGCCUGAUCGACACCUCGUGGAGCGCCAUCCAGAUUGGCAUCUACGCCAAGCACCUGGAGAACUGGCUCCUCUACUUCCCCAUCGGGCAGAUCCUCUUCGUCAGCGGGGAGAGGCUCAUCAGUGAUCCUGCAGGGGAGCUGGGCAGAGUCCAGGACUUUCUGGGCCUCAAGAGGAUCAUCACUGACAAACACUUCUACUUUAACAAAACCAAGGGCUUCCCGUGCCUGAAGAAGGCAGAGGGCAGCAGCAAACCCCACUGCCUGGGGAAGACGAAAGGCAGGACCCACCCUGACAUCGACCAGGAGGUGGUGCAGAGGCUGCGGGACUUCUACCGGCCCUUCAACAUGAAGUUCUACCAGAUGACAGGCCAGGACUUCGGCUGGGACUGA